AUGUUUCCCAUCUUCUUGCUUCUAUUAUCCUGCUUGCCAAACACGGCAUUAUCCACCCACCUUCAUUCAUUCAGAAGCCUUCAGCUCCCUUCAGUUGGCUGUGAGGCCUACACCUUUGAUAAGAACAAUGGCGGGCCUUACACGGGCCUCAACGAUGGCAGGAUUGUAAAAUACCAAGGGCCCAAAACUGGUUUUGUGGAAUAUGCCACAACUGUUUCUAAUAGGUCUAAGGAGAUGUGUGAUGGGAAAAAUAUAGAUGACCCGAUAACCGGGCCGAUGUGCGGGAGGCCCAUCGGUCUCGAAUUCAACCACGAGACAGGGGAACUUUAUGUCGUUGAUGCAUUCCGGGGGCUGAUGGUGGUUGGUCCGGGCGGCGGCCGGGCGGAAAGGGUAGCCGGAGGUGUCCCUUUUGAUGCCCCGGAUGCCUUAGCCAUUAAUCCGGUCACAGGAGAAGUUUAUUUCACUGAUAUUGGGCCCAUCUUCUUCAAAACCAACAACAUGACUGAAAUACUCCUGAGUGGGGACAAAGGCGGCCGGCUACUAAAAUACGACCCGAACACUAAACGCCAAACGGUGGUCCUAACCGGGCUAGCCGUGCCAAAUGGGGUGGCCGUGAGCCGAGACGGCUCGUUUGUGCUAAUCGCGGAAUACAUUGCCAGCAGAAUAAGAAUAUUUUGGCUCAAGGGCCCAAAUGCAAAUACUUCAAACAUCUUCGUACGACUUCCGGGCAACCCGGACAACAUCAAGAGAACAGAAUCGGGCGAUUUUUGGGUGCCCGUGAACAUACAAAAAUUGCUGCCCGAGCUGAUUUGUUUCCCUUUGGGGCAACGGAUUAGCGAAUUCGGGCAGAUUUUGGAGACCGUGAAUUUCUAUGCAGAGUAUAACGCGACGUACAUUACUGAGGUCCAAGAACACUUGGGAUCGUUGUACGUAGCAUCGGUUUAUACGGAUUUUGUGAGUGUGUAUAAGGGUUUGAGGUGUUAG